UGGCUAGUGCAAAUCACACGUGCGAAAGGCUAGUCGGGGUUUCCCCUGUGUUUGGUCGGGACCCUUCAGUUCCCCGAAGCGUUCUGAAGCAUUUGGGGGCCUUACGUGAACUUCUAGUUCUUCCGCCUUAGCCGUGGAGACUUCCGCUUCCUGGAUUCCACCCUCAGUCUGGCUUAUGCCAGCCAUCUUCCCAAAACAUGUCAGAGGCUUUUUUUCCCCUAAAUUCUGGAAUAUUUUGGACAAGAUUGGGAUCCAGUUUCCAGUUAUCCUUGCUGAGGACCCAAAUCAGAGUUUCUACGAAGUUGCCUAUGGCUGCUGGAGACAGGGGAUCCUGGUAGAAACCCCUGGCAAAAGCAUUCUGCUUUUUACCUUCAUGAAUGAUUCUGACUUUUUGGACCUCAUGUUGAUAACCUGUCUGAUUAUGAGUCAAGAGGAAAUGUCAAGAAACAAAAUUCAGUGUUCUCCUCACUAAGUAAGAGACAUAACCUUUGAAGAAUCCCUUGUGGCAGUUGUCCACUUAGGAAUGCAGUGCUUCUUCAAGUACCCCCACUUUCAGCUAAGAUUACCAGUGCCCCACAAAUGGCUACCAUCAGUCUGUCCCCCAAGUUUGCUAUGUCCUCUCUGGACUCUGCGGAUAACCAGGAAUCAGAAUUUUCUCUUCCAUCAAAAUAUGAUUCUUGUCAGCAGAAUUUGGAUUUGUUUGCUUGCCAUGCUCCAGAGCCUGAUACACCAGCUCGUGUUUGUUCUCAGGAGUCUGUGACAUUUCAAGAUAUUGCUGUGGACUUUACUGAGAAAGAGUGGCCCCUGCUAGAUUCUUCACAGAGAAAACUGUACAAAGAUGUAAUGCUGGAGAAUUAUAGCAAUCUAAGUUCACUGGUAGGUUAUCAAGUUGGCAAACCCCGUCUCAUCUCACACCUAGAGCAAGAAGAGGAUCUGAGAAUGGAGGAGAGAGGAAUUCAGCAGGGUCCUUCUCCAGAUUGGGGAACUACAUCUAAAAUCAAAUGGUCUAUUCUUCUGGAAGAUAUUUUUGGGAAUGAAGCAUCUGAUGAUGUAAGAUUGCAAACAUCUCAUCUUUUGGAAACAUCUUCUGAAUUCAGCCAUUUGUGUGAAGUCUUUGAUAUUGGCCCUCACCUUACUCAGCCAGUAGCAAGGCCCACAAGCAAGAGACCCUAUCGGCACCACAGCUGUGGGGCUGGUUUCAAGAACAGGAUUCACCUGACUCAGCACACAAGCAUGAAUGAUGGGAGAAAACUGCACAAAUGUCACCAGUGCCAGAAAGCCUUCACCACCAGUGCUUCUCUUACAAGGCACCAUAGAAUUCACACUGGGGAGAAGCCUUAUGAGUGCAGCAGCUGUGGAAAAGCCUUCAAUGACCCCUCAGCUCUAAGGAGCCACACAAGAAUUCACUUGAAAGAAAAACCCUUUGACUGUAGUCAGUGUAGUAAUGCCUUCCGGACGCUCUCUGCUCUGAAGAUACACAUGCGAAUUCACACUGGUGAAAGACCCUACAAAUGUGAUGAAUGUGGCAAAGCCUAUGGCAGGAGCUGCCAUCUCAUUGCCCACAAGCGAACACACACUGGAGAGAGGCCCUAUGAGUGCCAGGACUGUGGAAAAGCCUUCCAGCACCCCUCCCACCUGAAGGAACAUGUCCGAAACCAUACUGGGGAAAAGCCUUAUGAGUGUACACAGUGUGGUAAAGCCUUCCGAUGGAAGUCCAACUUCAAUUUGCAUAAGAAGAACCACAUGGUGGAAAAAACCUAUGAGUGCAAAGAAUGUGGGAAGUCCUUCAGUGACCUCCUGUCAAGAAGGAAACACAUGAGGAUUCAUAUUGUAAAGAAGCCAGUUGAGUGUCAUCAGUGUGGGAAAACCUUUCGAAACCAGUCCAUCCUGAAAACACACAUGAACUCUCACACUGGGGAGAAACCUUAUGGCUGUGAUUUCUGUGGCAAAGCCUUCAGUGCUAGUUCCAACCUCACUGCACACAGGAAGAUUCACACUCAAGAGAGACACUAUGAAUGUACUUCCUGUGGGAAGGUCUUUGGUGAUUACCUGUCACGACGGAGGCACAUGAGCAUCCAUCUUGUCAAGAAGAGGGUGGAUUGUAGGCAGUGUGGAAAAGCCUUCAGGAACCAUUCCACUCUGAAGACACACAUGAGAAGCCACACAGGUGAGAAGCCAUACGAGUGUGACCAUUGUGGAAAAGCUUUCAGCAUAGGAUCCAACCUUAAUGUACACCGGAGGAUCCAUACCGGAGAAAAGCCUUAUGAGUGUCUUAUUUGUGGAAAAGCCUUCAGUGACCAUUCAUCCCUUAGGAGUCAUGUGAAAACCCACCGGGGGAGAAGCUCUUUACAGCGUCUGUGUGGGAAAGGUUUCAGUAAAUACUCAGAUGCAGAGGAAACCUGGCAGACAAAAGUAGUCAUAAAUCUUUGAUGACCUUUCCAUGUAGAAAACGUAAAAGGUCACAUGGAACUUAAGAGAAAUCCAGUUUGUAGAAAGUUUGAGAAGACCUCAGCUAUUAUGCAGCAAUUGGGAUCUCUGUGAAAACCUAGGGACUGAGAAAAGUUUGUAUUGAGUAGCAAGAAACUUUCAACAUAUAUCAUGCUCCCAAACACAAAAGAACUUAGGCAGAGAGCCUUCAGCCUGAGCAUUUAGUGUGAAAGUCAGCAAUACUAUGUGAGCACACCAGAGUGAAUCUUAUCAAUACAGUGAUUAGGGAAAUCUUUCCUCAUCUCACAUUUGUUCCUUCUGAGAGAAAUUGAGUAGAGAAAAAAAAAAAAUCUCAAAAGUAGGAAACAUGGAAACGUGCAUUAAAAAAUGGGAGAGCAAACUGGCCAGCUCUUUAUUGUUGUUGGCUCAGAAGCCAAGAUGCUGCUGGGGUUUUUUUGUUGUUGUUG